CCAGGGCCAUGACUCCAUGACCCUCAUCCAGUGGCCGGGUCUGUUCGACUCACGGGAGAACCUGGCAGAGUCCAAGGAAGCCCAGGGCCAAGGGCAAGCUCCAGGUGAAGCAGCCAGCGUUGCAGCCAAUGCAGCCAGCCUUGCAGAUAGCCUGGACAUGGAGCCUGAUGGCACCUGGGGCCACUGGAAUGAGGUGGAUAGCCCUGCCAUCCAGAUCCCGGCACAGCCGCGCAUCCCGCUGCCCUUGGAACAGGAGGUGCCCAACGAAAUGGUGGAGAUGGUUCGGUCCUCCAGCAGCGGGACUCGAUCAGGUCCACGGUCCCUCUGGCCGCGCGAUGGAGGACAUCCCCUGGAGCUCUUGGUCACGCGCCCUGCGGGCAGCGCCAAGGCGCGCUCCGAGCGGCCAGAGGCGGAGGCUUCCACGCAGGCUGGAGCUGGUACGAACGCUCUCUUGGAGCGGUGCAGAAAGGCAGAACAGGAAGUGGAAGUGUUGAGAAGAGAAAUGCAAAGCAUGGAGCAGCAGUUGUCAGAGUACAAACAGCAGUUGCACCAAGCUCAGGAGGCUGCGCAAGCCCAAAGUGACCAGCGCAAGCAUGCCGAGCAAGAAGUGCAGAUGUUGAGACGAGAACGAGACAGCAUUGAGCAGCAGCUGUCACAGUACAAAGAGCAGUUGCAGGAGGAUGCCCCCAGACAUUCUGAGCGCUUCGAGAAUGCCGAGCAAGAACUUCGAAUGUUGCGGCAGCAGCACCAAAGCAUGGAGCAGCAGCUCUCCUUGUCCAAGCAACAGCUCCAGCAUGCAAAGGAUGAGAACCAGCAGCAGCUGCUGGAACUGGAGCAUCAGCUCGCAGAGGCCGCAACGAAGCUGGAAGAUGUUGAGCAGUUGAAGGCACAGUUGAAGGAGGCCCGUUUCGGCCAGCAGGCCCAUCAGCUGGACCUGUCCUGGAAGAGCCAAGCGGAGCAGCACCUGGCGUCGCUCUCCGCGGCGGAGCAGCGCUGCGAGGCGUCGCAGCAGAAGACCCUCCUGGCGCAGCGCCAUGCGGCGGAGGUGGAGCGGCAGAGGAAGGAGCUGGCGCGCAACGUGGGGGUGCAGGCCAGACAGCGACUCACCGAGGAGCUGGAACAAGCCCUGUCCGAGAAGGCGGCGCUGGAGAAACGCUUGAAGAAGGCCCAGCGCAGCUUCGCAGAGGAGCAGCGCCUCCGCAGCAGCCUGAUGCAGGAGAUGGAGAUCUCAGCCGCGGAGCUGAAGACCUUCAAAGACGAGGCCUCGGAGCUCUCCCGAAGCCGCGGAGCUCUCCUGCAAAAGCAGCGACGCUUGGCAAAGAGCGAAGCUGGACAAUUUGAAUCCUUUCAAGCACAGUUGAACCAGGCUGAGCAAGAACGACGUGUCCUGCAAGUGGAGCUGGCAAAGUCCCAGCGCCUGCGUUCGGAAGAGCAAAAGCGACGUCAAGCAGCCCUGGCAGAGAGAGAUCGAACGCAACACGAGCUGCAGCAGUUGGUGCAAAGUUUACGGCAGGGCCAGAUCCAUCCGGCGAAACGACGUGCGGCUAGCCCUCUGCCGUCGCCAAAGGCGCAAAACGUUGAGAUCCUUCAGGCCGCGAAUGGAACCAGUGCGGAGGCCAGGGAGCGAUUGCUGCAGAUGAUCGAGCUGGCGAAGGAACGCACCAUGCAGCGACGACACCUGAGCGACGCUGCGGAAGAAGUACGAGAGCAGGCUCGAGCACUGGAGGAACUAUUGACGAAAGAAUUUCUCAUCAAUUCAGAAAGAACCGAAUUAGUUUAAAA